GCAUGACUUACGAAAGAAUGGUUGGAGAUGUGCACCAAGUAUCACUUUUGUUAUGUCAAGACACAGGCCCAUGUACAAUCCCUAUUGCUGGAUAUAUCCAAGCGGGCAUGGUGUAGUGUUUGCUACAUACAAUAGGUGUCGGAGUAUUGUGCGCUGUGCGGACAUAUUCUCACAAAAUAUUCCAAGGGGCGUUGCCUCACACGAACGGGUCUGUAUACCUACCAUUAUUCUGAGUAUAAAUAUGGACAUGAGUGUCCAAAAAUCCCUAUCGCUGUCCCUAUCCACAGCAUUGCUUCAAUCCAAGAUUCCUUCAGCACAAAUGGCCUUGUACCUUCCUGAUCCCCCACCCGCAGCGAGCUCGAGUCUUUCUCUCCGGAAGAGCUCCGUAACUACUACGCCCUCAAGGUGUCCAACAACGACACGCUCACUGGCAGGUCGAUUCCUCCUUCUGUAGAUGCUGUUCACAGGCGUACCAUCGAAAAGUACGGGCGAAUGAUGGCCUAUAUGUCGGUUGAGGAUUACCAGGGUAUCCUUCAGGGAUUUCUGGUGGGUCUUGUCGGCGCCAAGCGUAUUCUCGAAAUCGGCACCUUCACCGGCACAUCGGCUAUUUUCUUUGCCCAUGCACUGAAGCGGAACGGCGUCAAGGGUGGUGCCGACGAAACUGGCCACAAGCCCAUCAUCACCCUCGAUAUCAGCGAAGAGUUUGCUGAAACCUCCCGUCAGAACUUUAUCGAGGCUGGUGUCGAGGACUACAUCGAGGUGCUUGUCGGCGAUGCAAAUGAGAUCAUCAAGUCGCUGACGGAUAUCACAUUUGACAUUGCUUUUGUUGACGCCGACAAGAUUUCGUACCGCAACUACUACGAGACCAUAGUCAACAAUGACAUGCUCAACAAGAAUGGCCUCUUCAUCUUUGACAACACUGCGUUUCCGCUGGACGUACCAACCGACGAAAGAUUAAUCAGCACAAAAACUGCGAUCAUGCUGCAUGAGUUCAAUGAGUACAUUCGCAAGGACCCACGCGUCGAGGUCGUUAUGCUGCCACUGUAUACCGGAAUUACUCUUGUGCGCCUUUUGCAUUAA